GCGCUUUUUUGCACGCCAGCGUGCGCUGGGGCCGUCGAAGGAGCAGUGUAGCGCCAGCAUCCGUGUUAGGAAUUCAGCGCGGUUCGUCGUGCCAUCGAUCACUUGUGGACUCCAGCUGCAACAGCACCGAGCAACAUGGGCACCGCUGGCAGCGAGCGACGUAAACGCUGGCGGCACAAGGCCUGCCGCAGAUUGCAAGCGCGAACAGCGCUGCGAAACGUCGCCGAGACGUUGAAGCAAGCGCGGCGCGACCCGUCCGACGAAUCGCUGGAACGGCUGCGCGGUGCACUGCUGAUGAUCGAGCGUGCUGCCGCAGCGUCGCCUACGCUUGACGCCGCAGCGCAGAACUGUGCCAGGGCCUACGCCUUGGCGUUGUUCCAGCGCGGGCGCGCGCAAGAAGGCACGGUGAUUCUGCGGCACCGCUUCCCGGACGCGCGCUACCGCCUCGCCGACGACGUGCUGCGGUACGGCACUGCGAAACCGGGCGCGACCAGGUUCGAGAAGGGCUCCGUCGGCGCGUUCGAUGAUGCACUGCCGGAGGCCCUCUUCCGCGCCGUGGCGCGCGCGCUCGCCCCAAAGGGUGCGUUCUGGCCCGCUCACGACUACGACGACGAGACGAGCGGCUUCUUCUCGUACGUGCACUCGCUGGACGAGGAGGGCGUCGUCGUCGAGGCGGCGCGGCGCUUUCGUGAACUCUUCGCCCGGGCCGUGCCGGCCAUCGCGGAAGCGACGGGCAUAGAAUGGUGGACGCACCGCCGGCCGCACGGCGCCGGGCAUCAGCUCCACUUCGACUCGGCGGACGAGGGCGCCGGAGCGGAUGGGCCCGAGCAUCCUCUAUGUUCUGUCGUACUUUAUCUGUCGGAGGCUCGCCUCGGCGGACCGACACUCGUGACCACGCAAUGUUCUGGUGAUAUAGAAAUGCGCUGUCGAGAUGCCGCCGCUUUGGUACCUGUGGCACCGAACCGCGCCGUCUGCUUCCGCGGCGAUUUGUUGCAUUGCGUGGUGCCGGGCCGUGGACCGGCGCCGGGCGGCGAGACGGCGCGGCGCGUCACGCUCAUGAUCUCGUUCUGGCGCCGGCCGCACGCGCGACACGAUCGAGAGGGUGCGCCCCGCGCGGCGAUGCGCUUCCCGACCGACGACGAAGCGUGGACGGCGCCGUUCCGAGCCCGCGUCGACGGCGCCGACGACGCGAAGCCGACGCGCUCGGCGCCCGUGCCGGUGGCGCAGCUCUGGACCGCGGUCGACGCGGCGGCGGACGACGGCGAGACCGUUCCGCUGCCGCCGUACGAGGCUUGUUGGCAGGGAUUUUAA